UUCUUUCUUUAUAACAGCGCUUCCCACGCCUACACUCCAAAAAUCUCCACCGGCCUCCCCCAUCAUGCUUCUACCAUCCAAUCACCCUCUCUCCCUUCUCCUCAUCUUCUUUCUUCACAACUUGCCACCCUACAUGGCGGCAAGACCAGUACCCGAGUUUCCAUUUAAGCAACUAACUGAAUCAACUGUCAAUUACUACAAUAGGUUCCUCAAUUCCUGGAGAGGCAGCCAUGUCAGUGGCAUGUCGGAGAUCAAGAAAUACUUCCACUACUUCGGUUAUAUAACAUCACCAAAUUACAACGUAUCAGAUGAUAUCUUCGAUGCUCAAUUGGAAUCAGCUAUCAUUCAUUUUCAAACAAAGCUUGGCCUUCAAGUUACCGGUAAGCUCGAUUAUGAUACGCUGUCUCAAAUUUUAGCUCCUAGAUGUGGUGUUCCCGACUCAGAACUUUCUCCUACGUUGCAUGCAACAAAAAACUAUGUAUAUUUUCCUGGGAAACCUCGAUGGGCACGUCGGAUUCCGAUGACUCUAACGUAUGGAUUUUCCCCUGACAAUUUGAUCCAUUACUUGAGUUUAUCUGAUAUAAAGAAAACCUUUAAACGAGCUUUCUCGAAAUGGGCAUCGGUUAUUCCUGUCAGUUUUGUAGAAACAGAUGAUUAUGGCUUUGCUGAUAUCAAAAUAGGAUUUUACACUGGCGAUCAUGGCGAUGGAGAGCCGUUUGAUGGGGUGUUAGGGAUCCUGGCCCACUCGUUUUCUCCUGAAAGCGGGAAGUUUCAUCUCGAUGCAGCUGAGACAUGGGCCAUUGAUUUUGGAGUGGAGAAAUCGAAGGUAGCUAUUGAUUUAGAAUCAGUGGCAGUUCAUGAAAUCGGGCAUUUGUUAGGGUUAGCUCAUAGUCCAGUUAAAGGAGCUGUUAUGUAUCCAAGCUUGAAACCUAGAGAAAAGAAAGUCGAUUUAUCGGUUGAUGAUAUAGAAGGAGUCCAAUCUCUUUAUGGAUCAAACCCUAAUUUUACAUUUGGUUCUUUGUUGGAAUCUGACACUUCAGCAAAUCAAGCCGCUAAUUUGAGUUUUGAUUCACCUUUAUGGGCCAUGUCGAUGCUCUUGGCAGCUUGCUUCUUCUGCAUGUAAAUUUUCUUCUUUGUUUUUUUUUUUUUUUUUUUUUUUUAAUUUAGAAGGUGAUUGGGUUUUGAUUCUGUGAUCUCUGUUCCAUGGUAGGAGCACCCCAGACCCUUGAUAUAGGAUACUUUUGCAGUCAUAUGGGAGAUUCCGAAAUCAAACGGAGCAGAAUUUUGACCUUUUUUUUUUCGGUUUUCUACUUAAUAUUGAUAGUCUUAGCUCAACUAUACUUAGGAGGACGCUGUAAGAGGAUAGCAUAUUCUUUUAUGUAUCAUUUUAACACGAUGUAAAAGUGAUUAUUACAAUUAAAUUAAAAAAAAAUAUUCAUGUAUACCAUCGGUU